AUGCGGUACAUCAUCAUUCCCUGCAUGGCCCUGCUCGCCUUGGUCUUUGCUACUCCACAGAUCCCGUCACCCAAUACAUCUGUUGCGGCUCCCAACUCUUCCUCUUCACCAGUAGCCCCUGUGCCCGAUGAGACAUAUUGCGAGUGCGGAUACACGUACUGCGCGUCUGUUCUUAUGGCCAUGAAGAAGGCCUGGUCAACCAAACAACUGGCAGAGGCAUACUGUACCACCCCGAGCGCCGUUUGCGGCAACGGCAAACCCAGCACCAGCGUCAAUACUGCCCUUUACAUCUGUCUGUGCGACGAUCCCGGCCAGAAAUAUGGGAAUAAGCUGGAUUUGCUGUGUGCGUGUGACAAGUGUUUGGUUGUUGGACCCGACUUUAGGGGGAGGUGCGAAACGCCUUGUCAUUCAGGACAGUGUAAAGCCUAG